CAUUCUGCCUGCUCUUUGUUGCCAACCUCCACCGAGCCAUCGACACACCCGGCGGGCGCACCCUUCUUCCAUCCACUCACACACAGAGCGCGGAAGUUGCAGGGAAAAUCUCCGGUUCGCUCCAGUAAAUGAAGCAUUUUAUUGUUUUACCGUGAAAUCGCUGUGAGUGGAAUCGCGCACCUUCGAACGCCCUGCUGGUCGCCAUUGACGCGAAGACGCUCGCCCCUCAUGCCGCUUGCUCUCUGAUCACACCCCGCAGCAAAAAGUCUCCGGGCUUAGGCGCAUUUUAUUGGACGGACAUUAGACUGCCGGCGGAAACAUCGUUUGAGCGGGGUCAAACACACACGGAAGCAGAAGAAGCAGCGCCCUGGCAUGGAAGUAAGCACGCAUACGACUUCGACGCUUAGUCGUAGCAAUAGCCGCACCAGUUCCAAUUCCGAGCUGGAGAAGGAGCUAAUUGAUCUGGACAUUAGCGCCGGGGCACACAACAAGUCGAGCACGCUCAAGAAACGGAUCUCCAGCAGUCGAACACCGGCGAAGAAAGCGAAACGAAUACGAUUUUUUCGUAAUGGCGACAAGUUCUACUCAGGCAGCACGAUACCGGUCUCGGUGGAACGUUACAGAUCGUUCGAUAGCUUGACGGAAGAUUUAACGCGCCUGCUGGAGGACAGUGUAACGCUUACCGGGGCCAUCCGGUCGAUCUUCACCCUCGAAGGGAAGAAGAUCGAGAAGGUGGACGAUCUGGAGGAUGGCAAAAGCUACGUGUGUUCCUGUAACAACGAAGGUUUCAAGCGAAUAGAAUAUAACGUAUCGAACACCGUCAGCAGCAAGAACCCCAACAGACUGUCCAGAAUGAUACGGGCACUAUCACCGGUCAAGAAUGGCGGCGGCUCGAACGGUGGGACGCCACUGAAGGAGAUUGACGCCGUGGUGCAUCCGCGGAUCGUUACCCUCAUAAGAAAUGGUGUCAAGCCUCGAAAGAUUCUGCGAUUGCUGCUCAACAAGCGCAACAGCCCUACGUACGAGCACGUGCUGACGGCCAUCACGCAGUGCGUCAAGCUGGAUACCGGUUGCGUGCGGAAGGUGUUUACCGAGGCCGGUGUGCCGGUGCAACGAUUAGCGCAGUUUUUCGAUGACGACGACGUGUUCUUCGCUUAUGGCAACGAGCGUGUCGGUGCGAACGAUUUCGAACUCGAGGCCGAAGAAAGCAAAGCCAUCGCGGCCCACCGGAAAACACUUCGCAGCAGUACGACCCGCACGGGACCGAAGCCCAAGAUGCCGCUAAAGAGCCACAACGAUACGUUCGUUUGUGUGGACGAAUCCGCGAUAAACGGAGGAAUUCUACCGGAUUCGUUGCCAUUGGAGCUGCAGGCAAAGUAUACGCUCGGUUCUGUAAUUGGUGACGGCAACUUUGCUGUAGUGAUAAAGCUGAAAGACAAGCAAAAGACAACGGAGUACGCACUUAAAAUCAUCGACAAGUCGAAAUGUUCCGGAAAGGAUCACUAUUUGGCGGCCGAGAUACGUGUGAUGAAAAAACUGAACCAUCCGUACAUCAUUCAACUGGUGCACGACAUCGAAACGAUGAAGAAUAUGUAUCUAGUGCUAGAGCUGGUCCGUGGCGGAGAUCUCUUCGAUGCAAUCACACGUGUAACACGCUUUUCGGAGAACCAAUCAAAGAUUAUGAUAAAACACUUGGCGUCCGCCAUGGCUUACCUGCAUUCCCUCAGUAUCGUCCAUCGAGAUAUUAAGCCCGAGAAUCUGUUGGUUGAGCUGGACAGUGAUGGUAACGUCAUUCUACUCAAGCUGGGAGACUUUGGACUUGCCUGCGAGGUAACGGAACCGUUGCUCUCGAUCUGCGGCACCCCUACGUAUGUCGCACCGGAAAUCCUCAUGGAAUCAGGCUACGGUGUAAAGAUCGACGUGUGGGCUGCUGGUAUUAUACUUUAUAUACUGCUGUGCGGUUUUCCGCCCUUCGUGUCGCCCGACAAUCAGCAAGAGCAGCUGUUCGAUGCCAUCCUGAACGGGUACUUUGACUUUCCGGCCCCAUACUGGAACAACAUCGGUGACAGUGUGCGCGAUCUCAUCAUCAAUAUGCUGCAGUCCGAUCCAGAACUGCGGUUUUCCAGCGAAGACAUUCUCGAUCACCCGUGGCUGACGAGUGACAUCGUAGACGACACGCGCGAUCCAAAUGGUAUCGUUAUCGACGAAAGUUGUGGCCCGCCCCCACUAGAGGCAGUAAUGGGAAUCCCGAUCACUACACAGUAAUAAUAAUGCGUGCUCGCAACAGCGUCGUCGUCGGUCGUAUGAUUAAUCGUAAUUCCCGGAUAGCGUCGUUCGGCGUGACUACUACUACCACCACCACUGGCGAGUUCUAUCGGCAGUGUUCCUCGAAGGGGGCGUUCAUAGGAAAUUAAAUCUCGUUUGGAAACCGUUGCAAACCUCACACACAUAAUCUCCCGGGAUCUCUGCCGCGGAGGGGUAUACUGAAUGGGGGUGUACUAUCUCUCUUUCACCCUCCCUGUGUCCCUGUAUCUUACCUGUGCAGCAAACGAAAAGGUUCGUGUUAUUCUGCUUUUACAAAACAAAAUUGACGAUAUCCGGAAACGGUUGGAAAAAUUCAUUGUGUAUAUAGAGUACGGUAAAAAAGGAAAAUGUAUUUAUUUACUAUCAUUACGUGUUAGACAUUAGACGUGUUGCAAGGUUUAGUCACUUAAGCACCAGAGGUUCGCUGUUUUAUUAAGUUUAUAUUUUUCCUCGCUUUUCCGUUUGUGCUACCGUCGCUUUGCGCCACAGCACGAUUGCAGCAAAAAGGUUUUUUUUAGAUUUGUGAUGUACGCACACUCACACCCACUAUAUCACUGCUUCCAGUUGGUUGUGGGAUCCAAACGACGUGUUUGUGAAACGAUCGUGUGUUUUGCGAAGAAGCAACAAACCGAGAAAGGUAGAUCGAAUACAAGCUCUGCGAAUAGAGAAUACUAUUUAUUGACCACAGACCGGUGGUUCUGUAACAAACAUCCCGUUAGAAAAUGAUUAAAAUACUAAAACAUCAUGGCAAAAGAGGAACCGUGACAGUGCGGAAAUUAGGAUAUGUUUAUUGUCGUUCACUAUAAAUUAGGAAAACCGAUGGAGAUUAUGCGUUAUCGACUUCUGCUUAGUGAACCAUGUCGGUCGCUUACGUUUGGCGAAUUAGCUUCAAUGGUCAGGUUCAUUAGCUAGCUGCUUGUUUUUAAUUUUUAGAGAAUUUCACGUUAGUAUUUCUCGUGCAUUGUGGACAUGCGUAACGAAGACAACAAGGAGUCAAUGAACGAUAGGAAUGCUGGGAAAAAUGCCUUAUGAUUUGUAAUUUAUUAUAAGCUUUAUGAUUUGUAUCACUUUCUGUAGCGCGUUUCCAUCAGAAUCGUUUAGGUUCUGGUACGUAUAAACGGAAUCAACGCAUUCCGACUGAGAAUGACCGCGUUUUUCUGAUAUAAAUUCAAGAAACAAGUAAAGAUUCUCUUCUAGGAAGCAUGUUUGCUAACGCCGGAAAAUUGAAAUACAUUGAAAAAUGAGGCAGCAAGAUCUCA